GCAAAUUGUAAUGGAAUAAAAUCCAAUUAAAAGAAAUAAAAAAGUAAUAAAAAUACAAUUAAAAAUCAUGCAGCACCCAGCACCGUGCAUUACAUUACAACUGCAACAGGCCGAAAAAUCAUUAAGUAGUCUGCCAAGACUAUCAGCAAUCUUCAAGUGGUCUGCGUGGAAGUUUGGGAUCCACUGGUUUAGAUAAUAGAGAAUAGCUGACAGUCUUUGGGUUUUGCAGCAGACAGUGCUGUACACUGAUAAAGGCAGAGGAUGGACUGGAUGUUGACAUGGAAGAUAUUAAUAAGGGGAAGUGCAGGCUGCUCUAUAUUUCUACAGAACUGUGUCUUCACAAAUGCCACAACUUGUUUGAGGAAUCACCUUAAUCAUAGCAGUUGCCGGUUGCAGCCAUGGACUCUCUCUCAGUAGCCAACGGCGACUUUACCCUGGAGCUGUUCAAAAACCUAAAUCAAUCAUCUCAAGGCAACAAUGUUUUCUAUUCUCCCUGGAGUAUCUCAUCUGCUCUGGCCAUGGUCUAUAUGGGAGCAAGAAACAGCACUGCUGACCAGAUGGCCAAGGUGCUUCACUUCAAUGCAACAAAAGACUUUGGCAGUUCUUCACAGAAACCAGGUGUCGGCCAAGAUGAAACCCCUCACAGUGAAUUCCAGGAAUUGAUUUCUGAAAUCAAUCAGCCCAGGAGCACCUACGUGCUGAAAACAGCCAAUAGGCUAUAUGGAGAAAAGACAUUCAGUUUCAUUGGCCUUCGCUCCACAGAGGCUGGUGUUAUUUCAAUAUAUAUUCGCAGUAGGAUAGUUCAUGAAACACAGACAGUAGAGGAAUACUUGCAGCUUGCUAAGAAAUAUUAUCAUGCAGAACCACAAGCAGUUGAUUUUUUGAACAGUUCAGAACAAGUCAGAGGCCAGAUCAAUGCUUGGGUUGAAACGCAAACUGAUAGCAAAAUCAAGAAUCUGUUGCCUAAAGGCGCUGUUGAUUCUCAAACAGCAUUGGUCCUAGUAAAUGCCAUUUACUUCAAAGGAAAGUGGAAAACACAAUUUCAGAAAAAAAAUACCACUGAGAAGCCUUUCAGACUGAGUAAGACCAAGUCGAAGCCUGUGCAAAUGAUGUUUCUAAAGGAUAAAUUUCCAGCUUUCUAUGUUGAUACUCUGAGGGUUUAUAUCCUCGAGCUCCCAUACAUUAACAAUGAGCUCAGUAUGUUGAUUCUGCUUCCAGAAGACAUCACCGAUGAGUCCACUGGUCUGGAACUGCUGGAAAAAGAACUAACAUAUGAGAGAUUAUCGAUAUGGACCAGUCCAGAAAUGAUGGAGAAAACAGAAAUGGAGCUUCACUUGCCAAGGAUCAAACUGGAAGAGAGUUAUGACCUCAAGUCCACCCUAAGAAGUAUGGGAAUGAAGGAUGCCUUCAGUCAAAGUCAAGCUAACUUCUCAGGAAUGUCAAAGAAAAAUGACUUGGUUUUGUCAGAGGUGUUUCACAAGUCCUUUGUGGAGAUUAAUGAAGAGGGUACUGAGGCAGCAGCUGCCACAGCAGUCGUUGUUGAAAUAAGAUCCUCUCUGCGGCCCAUAAAAAUUGAAGCAAACCAUCCUUUUCUCUUCUUUAUCAGGCAUAACAGAACAAAGAGCAUUCUCUUCUUUGGCAAAUUCUGUUCUCCCUAGAUUGAGAUUGCCAACAUGGUGCCCAUGCUCACCAGUCGUAUCCACCAGUAUCUUCCAUGGUAGCCAUAGAAGUUCUUAGUAAAUAUCCCCUGAAAAAUCUAGGAUGCAUGAGACUUUUUGCACUUCCUGCUCAAUCUCUGUUUGUACUGGCUCGGCCUCUCUCAAAUGCCCCCAUGACAGACAUUUUGUGUUAUGCCACACAAAUCAUUUUGUGAUGGGCACCCAUGGCCCUUUCUCAAAAUUCCAAAUGUGCCCACUGGCCCAAAAAGGUUGGCAACCCCUGCCCUAGAACACUGCACAUCUUCUGCAGUUUUAUCAAUUAUUCCCAUGCAGUUAAAGGCUUAAAUCUUAAUGUUCUUAUUAGGAAGGAAGUCCCGUUGGACUCAGUAGGGCUUAAGUCUGAGUAAAAAUGCUUAGGAGCAGGCUGAAAUGUCAUAGGCACCACGUUUAGGUCUUUUUCUCUUAUUUUAUAAAGACAUGAUCUGUGUAAGCUUUUCUGCCUUCCGUCUGCUGAUUAAUUCUGGCUAUGGUACAUAACAAGAGUGUGUAGUAUAACAUUCUUUUUUCUUCUUUAGAAUGUCAGUAGGUGUGGUCUGUAAAA